AUGUAUACAGCCAUGGUGAUUCUGCUGAGGUUUGUCCUCGUUCUUCAGGUCAUAGCAUUUUCGCAUUCGGAGUACAUCCAGAGUUCACAUGGCAACUUGGUCGAAUGCGUGGACAAAAUGACGCAGCGGGCUUUUGACAAUGAAUUGUUAAGAAACCAUAAAUUUCAGUAUGAGGAGGAAAUCUACACUAGCAGCAACAGUAGCACCAUCACUCCCGUACAUGAGUUUAUUACCGAGUCUUUGGCAAACUCAGUGAAAAAAGCCAUGUUGGAGAGCAACAAAAUCAGUUUCAUCUGA